AUGAUAUCUCAAUAUUUUUCUCUAACAUUCUUCUAUCUUUUCCUUUUCUUCUUCUUCUCUUUUUCCGAACCUCAUUCGUCAGAAAAUUCAGUUACACAUAUUUCCCUCCCUCCUUCUCCUUCUCCGUCUCCGUCUCCGAACAACAUUCCAAUUGAAAUCCAAUUAGCUUGUAAAGCCUCAAAGGACCCACCAACAUGCGAAUCCUCAUUAACGGAACUUUCACACAUUCCGUCAAAUCUAACGGCGUUACAAAUCAUCCUCUCCGCAUUGAGCGUUUCAUCUCAGAACCUCACUAGUGCUCAAUCAAUGGUGAAGAACCUCCUCGACUCCGCCGGCGCCGGCGACGCCAAUCUCACCGUCGCCGCGAAAAAUUGUUUACAAGGAUUCGGUAAUUCGGCGUACAGGCACAAUCUGACGGCUGCCGCAUUGCCACGUGGCGAAAUCAAGGACGCUCGAGCAUGGAUGAGCGCAGGUUUGGGAUACCAAAUCGGCUGCUCAUCGAAUUUACUGAGAGUAAACGGAACCCUUCCGGUGGCCAAAACGUUAGAGGUAAUGAAAGGUUUAAUUGAAUUUACUACAAACGCUUUAUGGAUGAUAGUGAAUUAUGAUAUUCACGGGAAUGAAACCGGGUCGUGGGCCCCACCUAAAACGGAGCGAGACGGUUUUUGGGAAAUCGGGUCAGAAUCCGGGUUUGGGUUCAGGGGUGGGGUUCCAUCGGGUUUGAGCCCAAAUGUGACGGUUUGUAAAGAUGGUGGUUGUGAUUACAGGAUGGUGCAAGAGGCGGUGAAUGCAACCCCGAAUAAUUUGGGACCCGGGAAGUUUGUGAUACGGAUCAAAACCGGGUUGUAUGAUGAGAUAGUUCGGGUACCCUUGGAGAAGAGAAAUGUGGUGUUUUUAGGUGACGGGAUGGGUAAAACCGUCAUUUCAGGAUCGUUGAGUGUUGGCCUAAUACCUGGAAUGUCCACUUACGAAUCUGCCACAGUUGGAGUAAGUGGUGAUGGAUUCAUGGCUAGUGGUUUAACAAUCCAGAACACAGCCGGUAUCGGGGCAGGACAAGCAGUAGCUUUCCGGUCUGAUAGCGACCACUCAGUAAUCGAAAACUGUGAAUUUCUUGGCAAUCAAGACACACUCUACACACAAUCGUUACGACAGUACUAUCAAUCAUGUCGCGUUCAGGGGAACGUAGAUUUUAUUUUUGGUAACGCAGCAGCAUUCUUCCAGGACUGUGAAAUUCUAGUCACUCCCCGGGUACUCAACCCCGAAAAAGGUGAAACUAAUGCAGUAACUGCUCAUGGUAGAUUAGACCCUGGACAAUCAACAGGAUUCGUAUUUCAAAAUUGUUCAAUCAAUGGAACGAAAGAGUACAUGAAUUUGUACCAUAGUAACCCGAAUUUGCACAAAAAUUACCUCGGAAGGCCUUGGAAGGAGUAUUCUAGGACGGUUUUUUUAAAUUGUAAUUUAGAAGUUUUGAUCCGCCCUGAGGGCUGGAUGCCAUGGAGCGGCGAGUUUGCUCUUGCGACGCUCUAUUAUGGUGAAUUUAAAAGUAGUGGUGAUGGAGGUAAUGUAACAGGAAGAGUGCCAUGGAGUAAUCAAAUUCCAGGUGAACAUGUUGAGUCUUACUCAAUUAAGAAUUUUAUUCAAGGGGAUAAGUGGAUACCUCCAUCUUCUUGUUAA